CACUCACUUCCCUUCAGCUCGUCCAUUCUGCUCAUCUGAAGCUGGACGACACGCACGUAACAUGGAUGCCCUAAUUCUGCUUUUCUUUAUACUUGUGAGGUUCAGCUGCGUGUCCGGGUUCCUCAUCAUGUUGACACCGAGGAGGUUAUGUCUGUUAAGCCAAAGUCAAAUCGUCAUCCUGGGACGCUGUGAUGUCACCAGCCCUGCCCAUCAGUGGGAGUGGCUGGGUGGCGCCCGGCUGAUCAACACUCUGUCCUCACGGUGUCUCUGGGCGGACCCCAGCCCCCGCCUUCCACUCCACGCCCGCCUCGCCAAACUCAGCGACUGUAGCAGUGCACCGGCGUGGAGCUGUGACAACAAUAACGGAGUGUUUGGAUUGGCUGAGACACACAUGUACCUGAAAAAACAGGGGUUACGCGUGGUGAUUGGAGGAAACAUUCAGAUGUCAGAAUGGAGAAAGUAUGAUGAAGACUCUGGAGGGAAUCAGCUGAUGACUUCAUUAUGCCCUGAAACAGACACAACUCCUCUCUCCACGAUCUUUUAUUCAUCCACACAUAAACCAUUGGGACUCUCCAGCACCUUCAACACCAUCAGAGGUCCUACCAUGACUGUCACUAAUGAACAGUUAUCAAACACAGUCAAAAUCCAGCGAACCACCAGACAACUCACCACAUUGGAGGUCCACGCUUCACCAACGAAUGGAACCUCAGUGUAUGUGAAUGACAUCACCAAACCUCGAACCAGGAGGUCAGCAACAACAGAUCCUGAUGUUUCUACUUCAGUCACAGAGCUGUCAGCUUUGAACAGCAGCCAAAUAAUCUCCUCAAGUUCAUCUGUGCUCAUGACUGACCGAUCCAUAAAAGUUUCAGAGAGUUCAUCAACAAACCACCCAGAACCCUUCAGUACCCUCAGGACUGAAGCCGAGACAUCAGAACACAGAGAAAAGUCCACCAUGUCCUUCUUAACGAGCGGAAACAAGUCAACUGAAUCUGCAGCUGUGACCCUGGCUUCCUCUACAGUUUCUUCAAAGUCACACAUGACGGACUCGACUGAUCCUCUGGUCACAUCGGAUUUCACUUCUGUCAUCUCUGAUGCCACCUCUGACAUCACUGUUGGUGUAUCUGCUGUUUCUGACACAGAGUCUGCUUAUACACAUUCAGUCUACAAUAAUACCUACCUGUCACCUGCAUCCCCCAUAACAACACCAGCACCUCUGACUGUGCCUUCAACAGCAGGUAUGACAUCUACAUCAGUCACGGAGACAGAUCCAACGUCGACCCAUCGCAUCCUGCUUUUGACUUCCCAAACUUCACCAACAGUUACCUCAGUGCUGGACUCAACAGUUCAUCCAAAACUCUCAGCUAGCCCCUCAACUGAUGGUGUUCCACUUACUGUGAUGUCGACAGGAGGGAUCCCCAACUCAACUCCAACAGUACCACCUAUGAGUCCAAGAACAACAGCUAACAGCAAACCCACUACCACCCCCACAACCACAACGAUUACAACCACAUCUACAACCAAACCCAAAACUCCCCCGGUAACCACAACCACAACUCCUACAACCAAACCCACAACCACCCCGGUAACCACAACCACAACACCUACAACCAAACCCACAACCACCCUGGUAACCACAACCACAACACCUACAACCAAACCCACAACCACCCCGGUAACCACAACCACAACACCUACAACCAAACCCACAACCACCCCGGUAACCAAAAGCAUAACACCUACAACCAAACACACAACCACCCCUGUAAUCACCACAACUGACGCCAUGUUGACCACAGUCAUCAUGACCACCCUGACUCCAACUACAACCAUUACAACCACCAUCAGCACCACUCCAAAAACACCUGCAGCUACAACAACAACCAGAACAACCACAGCUCCUCCUCCAAACACACUUCAAACCACAACUUCAGGAUUGACCUCCACCACACCUGUCCAGUCUACCAAGGUUUCCCACUGCUCUGUAAACUUCACGGAGGUCCUGACCCACACAGAUUGUGUCGUGGUGAAGUUCAGCACCGCCGGACUCUCCUGUAACUUCACCGCAUUCACAGAUGAUGACAGGUGGGCUGACUGCGACAUUGACGGAGAGUCCAGGAACGCCUUUGUCUGUCAGAUCCUGGGUCUGGAACCUGGGACGUUGUACAGCUUAAUAGUGAUUUCCUUGAAAGAUGGAGAGAGGAACAAUGUGUCAGUGCGCACAGACCCAGUUGGUCCGGCUCUCCUGGACAUUGAGCUGGACGAGGUUAAGGCUCAGUAUAAAAUCCAGUCUGAGGUCCGCGAUGAGACUUCAGGCCUGCGUGUGUUCUGGUCCCGUUCUGCCGGUCAUGUGGACUGGUACGACCUUACUCUGGAGGACAGCAGCUCCGGAUUCACCCGCAAGACCAGAAUCAUGGGCUCUGCUGCCCCCCAGUCUGGUUUCAGCUCACUGGUCCCUGGUACACGGUACACAGUCAGUGUGGUGGCUUCAGCUGGGAACAAGAGUGCUCCACCUGUCCACACCUUUGCCACUACAGCUCCGUCGUUGGUCCGUGGUCUCCAGGUGACGUCAUUGUCGUCAGACAGCCUCCAUGUUACCUGGCAGGCUGGUCCAGGCAGAACUGAGCAGUUCAAGGUUCUGCUGACAGAUCUGGAUGGGGUUCUGUUGAAGAACGUCACACUGCAGAACACUGUGACCUCUACUUGGCUGGACGGCCUGCAGCCCGGAACCCUGUACACUAUCACUGUGGUAACUGAGGCCGUUGGCCUGCAGAGCUCUGCCUCCAAACAGGCUGUCACAGUCCCAGCACCGGUAUCAGGUCUCAGGCUGGAGAACAAUGGUAGCUCAGACCGUCUGCAGGCCUCCUGGAUGUCGCCUGAAGGGGGCUUGGAUGUCUACCUGGUGACCCUCUCAGCUCUGGGAUCGACCCCCCAGGAGUAUCACCUGCCUCCCAACAUCACCCAGGUUUCCUUUGAGGGUCUGACCCCCGGACUGAGCUAUCAGCUGACUGUCCGGACCACAGCAGCAGGACAGAGCUCAGAGACCAGGACCAGUGCAAGGACCGUUCCUGAUCGGGUCUCGGCUCUUGCCAUGACGCCUCUCAGUGAUGGUGAGAUUCUGAGGGUCAGCUGGUCGCCCCCCAGAGGCCACUGGGAGAACUACAGCGUCGUGCUAAGGAAUGCUUCAGUGGUUCUGGUGAAGCGAACCAUUGGUAAACUGAGCACACAGCACACAUUCUCCGGCCUCGCUCUGGUGCCAGGACGACUCUACAUGGCAGAGGUCACAGUUCACAGCGGCAUUCUGGGUAACACAGCGCACUGCCAUGGACGACUGGCGCCGCGUCCUGUGCAGCGGCUGGUCAUCCGUCAUGCUAAUGAAACCACUCUGAGUGUCCUGUGGAACUGGCCCAUUGGUGAAUGGGAUGGCUUCACUGUGGUCCUCAGACAGGUGGACCCUGCCACCAUUGUGUCUCAGCGGGUCCUUUCAUGGGAAGCCCGAGAAUGCACCUUUAACAUCCUCACCUCAGGACGUCUGUACACCAUCACCGUGACAACCAACAGUGGCAACCUGACGAGCUCCGCCUCUGUGACUGCACGGACCACUCCAGCUCAAGUCUCCAGGCUGCAGGUCUCUAACUUCGGCACCGUCGACAGCCUACAGGCUGAGUGGGAGCGAGCCUCUGGGGAUCUGGACUCAUACCGGGUCCUGCUGGUCCACGACAGCAGUGUUAUCAAGAACCAGAGUGUGGAAGCCGACGCCACCAACAUCAGCUUCCACGCUUUGAGACCCGGAGCUCUGUACAAGGUGGUGUUAACCACCAUCAGAGCCGGACAGACCUCUAGGCAGACGGUCGCAGAGGGACGCACCGUCCCGGCUGCAGUUGGCGAGGUGAUGGUCAGUAACAACGGUCGGAUGGACUUCCUCAGCGUGUCGUGGCGUCCGGCUCCAGGUGAGGUGGACAAUUACUUGGUGAGCCUGAGUGACGGCGACAAGACGCUUCACACGGUUUACAAGUCAAGUUCAGAGUGUGUGUUCAACUCUCUGGUGUCUGGACGUCUCUACAACAUCUCCAUCAGCUCCCGCAGUGGCAUCUACCAGAACCACACUGUCAUCCAGGAGAGGACACAACCAUCAAAGGUGGAGAACCCGACAGCCACUCACGCUGCUCGUGACGACUACCUGAAGGUGUACUGGCGCCACGCUGCUGGAGACUUGGACUUCUACCAGGUGUCCAUCAAACACAACAACAUGUUCCUGCAGAACAAGACAGUCCUGAAGACACAGAAUGAAUGUGUGUUUAAUGGCCUGGUACCGGGCCGCCUCUACACGGUACUGGUCAGCACCUGGAGUGGGAAAUAUGAAACCAGUGCCUCCACCCAUGGCCGGACCUUCCCAGCGGCGGUCCGCUCCCUGGCUCUGGCUGGUGGUGGUACUGAGGACCUGCAGGUGACGUGGUCCGCUGCUCCUGGUGACGUGGAUCACUAUGAGGUGCAGCUGCUGUUCAAUGACAUGAAGGUGUUUCCUCCGAUCACGCUGGGCAGCGGCGUUGGAGAGUGUGUCCUGUCCUCACUCACACCUGGACGCCUCUACAAGAUCCUGGUCUCCACCUUCAGUGGACCCAACCAGAGGGCCCAGUUCAUAGAGGGCCGGACAGUUCCCAGUAAAGUAAAGAACAUCCAUGUCAGUAACAGUGGGGACAGCACCAGUCUGAAGGUGAGCUGGACUCCUGGUCCGGGCGAUGUGGACGGGUACUCUGUGUUUCUGUUCAGACUGAGCAGACAGCUGGACAUCCGGCCCGUCCUCAAACACCACAAUGAGGUGACAUUUGGCUCCCUGCAGCCUGGACAGAUGUACAGUGUGAUGGUUCAGUCCAUUAGCGGAGACCUGCUGAACAACAACACGGCCACCGGACGCACAGUGCCAUCAACUGUGACUGGUCUCCAGGUGGAGGACCUCCAGUCUACCUGCAGCCUUCAGGUCAGCUGGCAAGAGGCUCUGGGCGUGUCCGACGGAUAUGUCCUGCAGCUUCUUGAUGAGCGGGGUGGCCUGGUGAAGAACUCCUCUCAGCUCUCCGGAAACACCAGGCACAGGUUCGAUGUCCUCAUCCCGGGAAAGAAGUACCAAGUUGUGGUCCAGACCACCAGUGGGGGGGUCCACAGCCUGGGCGUCAGCACAGAGGCUCGGACACGUCCUGCAGCCGUCACUGAUCUGUCCAUCAAAGCCAACACCACCACCAGUCUGUCGUUCCACUGGUUCCCACCAGAGGGAGAGUUCCAGAGUUACGAGGUCUUCCUGUUUAAAAGUGACGACUCGCUGCAGGAGAGACGACGAGACCAGUCCAGCACUCAGCAGUGCUCGUUCCAGGGUCUCCGACCUGGAGCUCUGUACAGGAUGGUGGUGGUGACCAAUAGUGGGGAGCAGAGCAACCAGACUUCUAUCUGGGCCAGGACAGUCCCGGCAGCUGUGGCAUCUCUGAAGGCUCACAGUGGAAACCAGUCUGAUGCUCUGUGGGUGAACUGGGAUCAGGGUGGUGGUGAACUGAGCGGUUACCUGCUGACCCUCUACGAACCCAACGGGUCUUGGCAGGUCGAGCAGCGGCUAGGACCAAAGGUCACACAGUUCGUUUUCUCACACCUGGUGCCAGGUCGACUGUAUCGAGCAGAGGUCCUGAGUCUGAGCGGAGAUCUGAGCAACAGAGCCAGCACCCUGGGCAGAACUGCUCCUGGACCUGCGACCUCCUUCCUGUUCAGAGGCGUCACCAACACCUCCCUGGAGAUUACGUGGAGUGGCCCCAUCGGCUCCGACUAUGACGACUUUGACCUGCAGUGGACUCCUCGAGACCGGCUGUCCGUCAUCAACCCAUACCACAGCCGAACCUCUGGUAGCCGCAUCCUGAGAGGAAUGUUUCCCGGCCGACUGUACACCUUCAGCCUACGCACUGCCAGUGGGACCACAGGGCCUGAGGCCACGCGUACCUACAGCACACCCAUCACCAACAGCAUCCGGACCAAGCCAGAGCGAGUCCACAGCCUCCACUGUCGCCCUCAGAGCUCCACCUCCAUCUCCUGCUCCUGGGGGCCACCGGAGGCCGACUACGACUCCUACACCAUUGAGUGUCUCCACCAGGACUCCCGGAUCUUGGUCUACUCUCGACGCACUGGUCGAGACUCCACCUCCUACCUGAUCACCCAUCUGGAGCCCCACAAACGCUACACCGUUUCUGUGAAGGUCAUCUCAGACCGGACGACCAGCGCCGAGGCUCAGGACAGCGUGGUCACCAUGAUCGACCGUCCUCCGGUGCCUCCUCUCAGUACCCGGAUUAGUGACAGCACUGCUGUGGUCACCAAGUCCUCCAUCUUCUUCAAGUUUAACUGCAGCUGGUUCAGUGAUGUCAACGGAGCUGUCAGGUUCUUCACCGUUGUGGUGACGGAGUCUGAAGGUUUCGAUGACGUACAGCCGGAGCAGCAGGACCCACUGCCGUCCUACCUGGACUAUAAAUCCAACAGCUCCAUUAAUACCUACCAGACCGGUUACUUCCCCAGUGAGUGCAUUGGGGGCCUCGACAGCAGCUCCCACAGCUUUGAGAUAAAUGUGGGGACAGGGAUGGAGUCACUGGGAGGCUCCUGUGACCACAGAGACUCAGAUCUGGAUUCAGAGACCAGCAGCAGAGACCAGAACCUGUUCUGUGACGGACCGCUGAUACCCAAAACUGCCUACAGGCUCAGCAUCCGAGCAUUCACUAAGCUGUUUGAUGACGAACAGAACGACUUCACCUCCAGAUCUUCUCUGUUCACCGACACCUACAUGUCGCUGCCGCUGCUCACCGAGGCUGAACCUCUGAGCGGUGUCAUCGAAGGCGUCAGUGCUGCCAUCUUCCUCAUCGCCGUGAUGGUCGGAGUCACUGUUCUGCUCGUGUGCAGACAGAAGGCUCGCAAAGUUGUUGAAGAGAGAGCCACAGUCAGGAUGAGUGUGAGGAGAGAGAGACCCACACCAGGACUUCACCACGGGGUCAGAGGUCAUCGUCGUAUCUCAAGUCCCAUCAAGAUCCAGAACUUUGAGAGUCACUACAACAACCUGCAGGCUGACUCCCACUACCUGCUGUCUCAGGAAUACGAGGAUCUGAAGGACGUCGGGCGAAAUCAACCUCUGGACUCCGCGCUGCUGCCAGAGAAUCGCGGCAAGAACCGAUACAACAACAUCCUGCCCUAUGACUCGACAAGAGUGAAGCUGUCCUAUGUGGAUGAUGAUCCGUGUUCUGACUACAUCAACGCCAGUUACAUCCCUGGGAACAACUUUCGUCGGGAAUAUGUUGCCACACAGGGUCCACUGCCAGGAACCAAAGAUGAUUUCUGGAAGAUGGUUUGGGAGCAAAAUGUCCACAAUAUCGUGAUGGUGACUCAGUGUGUGGAGAAAGGCAGGGUGAAGUGUGACCAUUAUUGGCCUUUUGAUCAGGAUGCUUUGUACUAUGGAGACCUGAUUGUCCAGAUGUUGUCAGAGUCUGUUCUACCUGAGUGGACCAUCCGAGAGUUUAACAUCUGCAGCGAGGAGCAGCUGAGCUUCACUCGGCUUGUUCGUCAGUUUCACUACACAGUCUGGCCAGAUCAUGGAGUCCCAGAGACCACUCAGUCCCUAAUCCAGUUUGUCAGGACCGUCCGGGACUACGUCAACAGGAGUCCUGGAUCUGGACCCACUGUGGUCCACUGCAGUGCUGGUGUGGGUCGAACAGGGACCUUCAUCGUUCUGGAUCGAGUACUACAGCAGCUGGACACCAAGGACACACUGGAUAUCUACGGCUCCGUCUUUGACCUGCGACUCCAUCGAUCACACAUGGUGCAGACUGAGUGUCAGUACGCGUACCUCCAUCAGUGUGUUCGUGAUGUUUUGAGAGCCAGGAAGCUUCGUAGUGAGCAGGAGAACCUCUAUCCCGUCUAUGAGAACGUGAACUACACCUCCCAAAGAGAGAUGGUGUGCACCAGGCGGUGAACAUGGAAUACUACAAAGCAACACAGAAAUUUAUUAAUUUAAUGACAGACUGUGUACAUAUACUGCAUCAUAUCCAUGUACAUAUACUGCGUCAUAUCUGUGUUUGUAUAUAUUUAUUAUAGGAAUGCUGCAUUUUAAAUUAUAUAUAUACGUUUUGUAAUAUUUGCACAGUUUAUAGAAAACAUCACAUGAUGAAGAUUUACAGUAGGAUGAUGAUGGUGAUGAUGUCAUGACACAGCUUCAUCAUCAGUCUGUUGCUCAUGAUGACUGGAUGGAUUACUGAAGUGUUGAUAGAUCUACAAACACAAUAAUAAUAACUGUAAAUUUAUUAAAUUAUUGAUUAAAACCUGAAAAACAAUCAGACAAAAAACAUUUUUCAAAUUCAAUUCCUUUUUCAUCCCUGUGUAUUGACUUCACAUAGAACUACAAACGUUCCUGUACUACUACAAACAUUCACAUAGAACUACAAACGUUCCUGUAGAACUACAAACGUUCCUGUAGAACUACAAACGUUCACAUAAAACUACAAACGUUCCUGUACUACUACAAACAUUCACAUAGAACUGCAAACGUUCCUGUAGAACUACAAACGUUCCUGUAGAACUACAAACAUUCACAUAGAACUACAAACGUUCCUGUAGAACUACAAACGUUCCUGUAGACUGACCCUCAUCAUCUGCCGUAGCUCGUCAUCUGUGAAAUGUAAAAAUAUAUUUUUUUAAACAUACAAAGUGAACUUUAUUUUGAAAGAACAGACCGGAUAUCUAAACAUCUGCUGAUUGAUUGAUCACCUGUGUAAUGUGAUUACUUAUGAAUGAAUAAAGUAAUCGAGUAUUCUCAGA